GCAAGCUGAGGAAGAUGUCGCAUUCUCAACUCCGCCACAUCGUCGAAACCUCCCCCGCAACGCCAUGACUGCCACGGAAUUCGUCCUCUCCAACGCCGCUCUGUUUCAUGCAACUGUCGUUGGCGACGACGAAGACGUUGCUGCCAAUGCAAUGGGACCAUGUGGCGGCGACCAUGACGACUUUGACUCCCUCGGCCCUCCGCCGUCGAUCCACCCGAUCUUGCUGCGCGCGUCAGCGAUGGACUAUACACUCGCGCAAUGCGCCCCCCUGACAUUCUCCCAAAUCGAAGCUUCGAUGGCGUGGUGCUCGCCGUUCACGUCGGUGCCGUAAUUCAAUCGCACGGCAACCGCAGUACCUUCCCUUUCUAUUUAUGCGUGCAUCGGCGAUUCAUAUUUGGCUCUCCUUCCUCGACCAUGAAUCAACUUAUUCGCUUUUGAUCCAUGAGUUGCCACAAUCUCGGCUACGAUAGCUACAUCGAAGAGCAUCUUGAGUCGAAGUUUAUAUGGUAAUGCAUGAACGGUCUCCGGUACAAUUGCGCCGAUUCCA